UCUUGCUUCAUAUUCGCACUGAGAAGACAGCCCUGUGACAUUCACCUGCCCCAUGUCAACUGUAUGAAUAUAAAGAUGAACAUCAUACGGUCGUCUCUUUCCCGACUGCGUGGACUCCGCAGUGACACCAGCAUCCUUGCAGGGGACCUCGCAGUAACUGGCAACUCUCACCAUAGAUUGUUCAGCAACUGGAUUGUGCCCAGAGCAGCUGCAGGACCUCAUAUUUCCAGAUGUGGGCCACUUUCUUCACAAGCUGAGGGUUCAGGAGUGUUCCAACAGCUUCCUUGGCAAUACCAGCAGGUGCGGACAAGGAAGAGAGGCACAGAGUAUCAGCCCAAGAACAUCAAACGCAAGAGGACCCAUGGCUGGAUCAAGAGGCUCAGCUCACAAGGUGGCAUCGAAGUGAUUCUGCGCCGCAUGUUAAAGGGACGGAAAUCACUCUCACACUGAAGGACCUUGUUAGAAAACCUUCAAGACUUUCAGAAAAUGGACAUUGGUUCAGAAAUGAUGCCAUUGCUCAGAGUGCUCACUCAGCAAAUGUUGUGUGAUGGGUUAACUGGCGAUACUGGUGUAGGUUGGGUUUGGCUUUCCUGCAUUAAUAAUGGGCAGGAGGGUGAAAACUGGCCUUCAACAAACUCCAGUUAUUUUUUAUCCAUAAAGUUGUGAUCAUAUCAUUAUUAAAUGUCAGAUGUAUGGAU